GGACUGCGAUGUUGAAAUGCUGGAGCGCAAUUCAAUUCCAGAAGUUGGUCUCUCCCAGAGAUCCACGAAUGUCGUGGAAAUUCUUUCUGGCCAUUCGUCUAUCGAAACAGCGGUUUGGGCAAUGCUGAUGUUCAAUAUGCAGACACUCGAUGUGCUCAUUGUCAGAAGCGACGGUGAUGGAGACGAGUAUGAGAGAGAAAGAGAGAGAUGGAGAGAGAAGGGGAUCCAGAGACUGAAAUAUCUCUGGCCCAUGUCAAAAUCUCGCGCCAUGUAUAUCGUACGAGUUUCAAGCAGGACCCACAGACGCAGAUCGAGAUCCCAUUCCUGUUUUAUACGAGGGCGUGAUCCAAUCAGGGAUCAAGAAAGAAUGAACAACUAGAGAAUUGUAUUGUGGUGAAACUGAUGUCUGACCCUUUUGACCUCCAUCGAUUCUCGAGAGUCUCGAUCCUCGAAGACAUCGCUUCCUCGGACGUGGGAAAAGGGAUUGGUCGUGCGAGUGCAUGGGUGGAGGCUCUGAAUAUAAUUCUCAGCCAUGAGAAAAGGUUUGACUGUAACGACCGGCACGAAGAUCGGGCUGAUGAUCUUCUGGACCGAGGCACAGCAAGGGUCGCGAGCUUUUGAGGAGCAUCACAUUCUGCUCCUCGGGACGUAGCGCAACGAAGAUGCUUGCAGAUGCAGAUGCGCUCGGGCUUUCUGAUGAGACGUGAACGUACCGUAGCUCCUCUUCUGUCAGCGACGAGGCGAUAGCGGAGGACUUUACGCUGCAAUCUUGGACUCUGCCCAUGGCCCCUCCCCCCAAGCUCUACAACCAGCAGCAGCAGCAGCAGGAGCAGCAUCUAGAGUCUCUUCUUCAGCUUCCUAGCCCCAGAGCACGGUGUGGCAGUUCCGAAUUGGAGAUGUCCGACAGCUCAGGUCAACAGAAGAAUUGCCACAUGCCUGAGUGCAGUAAAAAAGUCAUCUGCACAAAUUUCCAUCGACACCAUGUUCCAGAACGGCAGCAGUAGCAGCAGCAGCAGCAUCGCCGUGUCUCGCCAGAAGGUGACAAGGAGGAGAGAGCCGCUGCUUGCGGUGGGGGCCGAUAAAGGCCGAAGAACGCAGCCCCAGUUACCAAUCAGGCCUGAGAGUCUUCUUGCCACAACCCCCUCUGCCCUCGUCCCAGGUCCCAGAUCAAACACAGCACCGGAGAAAGAGAAAGAGAGGACAAGUACACCUCUGACACGACUCCAGCUUGCUGUUACUCGAGGAUGUCAAUUCCAUUCCAUUCCGAGACGAUCGAUUGAAUCAUUAGAGUGGGUUGACAACAUGAACUCAAUGAACUGUCUGCAGUGCUGUCCUAGGACGCUCAAAAUGGCCCAAAUCUAUCGUUUCCCAGAUCGAAGACUGCCGGCGAAAAUGGAAGAGUGGUCGUUGUCGUUCACGCUGUUCUUUGUGAGUUCGUUGGUUGAUUACGAAGGGCGACUAAAACCAUGUAAAAACAGCAUCAGGCAAAACACCACAUCAGAUGAGUGGUCACCUGGGACUCGAGAUGGAUGUGUACGUAGGCCAGGCAUUGGCUGCGUAUAGGAGCUUCAUUAUUCUGCGUAUACGAAAUUAGGAUCUUCGAAGAUUCAGGCAGGGGGCUUCCAAAAAUAACUGACCAUCUUCGAAGACUUAUGUCUGU